CAAAUUUCUUGGUCCAGGAAGCCCCAGCCAGUGCCUCUCCCAUCCAUCAUUCAUGGCAGUUUCAUCACCAUACAUUACUACUCUUUAUCUUCUCUUUCAUUCCCAUCUCUCUACCUCUCUUCACCAUAACCAUUACUAACCACUUCAACACUCUCUCUCUCUCCAAUUAUGGCAGCAGAAUACUCGGGCAAUAGAAAUCCCAACACGCAGCUCUUGCAAGAACUCGAAGCACUCAGCCAAUCCCUCUACCAAACCCACACCACCACCACUCGAAGACACGCUUCCCUCGCUCUCCCUCGAUCUUCAAUUCCUCCCAUCUCAUCCGAUGAGCCCCCCGUUGCCGCCGCUAAAAUAGAGGCGCAACUCAACCCGAAACCCCGACAGCGGCGCAUGUCCUUAUCGCCAUUUCGUUCCCGGCCAAAGCUCGACGAUGAAAACGUCGACAGAGAACAGCGAGCUAAGGCUCCAAAUCAGAGAGAGUUGAAGAAGUUGGACGACAAAACAAUUUCUUCUUCUUCAGGCAAGAAAGGACUUUGGAACUGGAAGCCAAUUCGAGCUCUCUCGCACAUUGGCAUGCAAAAGCUGAGCUGCUUGUUCUCCAUUGAGGUAGUAACUGCCCAAGGCCUUCCGGCUUCCAUGAAUGGCCUCCGACUUUCAGUUUGUGUUCGAAAGAAAGAGACUAAAGACGGAGCAGUUCACACUAUGCCAUCAAGGGUUUCUCAGGGAGCUGCUGAUUUUGAAGAGACUAUGUUUAUUAGAUGCCACGUUUAUUGCACGCCUAGUAGCGGUGGAACGCAGCUCAAGUUCGAGCCACGUCCAUUUUUGAUCUAUGUGUUUGCAGUGGAUGCUGCAGAACUUGACUUCGGAAGAAGUUGUGUGGAUUUGAGUCUCUUGAUUCAGGAAUCCAUAGAGAAGAACUCGGAAGGCACACGGGUUAGGCAGUGGGAUACAACUUUCAACCUAUCAGGAAAAGCAAAGGGAGGAGAACUUGUGCUGAAAUUAGGAUUUCAGCUAAUGGAGAAAGAUGGGGGGAUUGGAAUUUACAGCCAGGCCGAAGGACAGAAGUCGAGUAAAGCAAGAAAUUUCGCAUCUUCGAUUGCUCGCAAGCAGUCGAAAUCAUCGUUUAGCAUCCCUAGUCCGAGGAUCUCUAGCCGAGCUGAAGCAUGGACGCCUUCGCAGUCAGGAGCAACAGGAGACUUUCAUGGUAUUGAUGACUUGAAUCUCGAUGAACCGGCUCCAGUGCCUUCAACUUCUCCUCCUGUUCAGAAAUCCGAAGAACCAGAAUCGAAGAUAGAAGAUCUAGACCUCCCUGAAUUCGACAUUGUUGACAAAGGAGUUGAGAUUCAAGACAAAGCCGAGACAGAUGAAGCACAAUCUGAGGAAAAUUCUGACAGAAGGUCAGUCUCGAGUGAGGUUGUCAAGGAAAUUGUGCACGAUCAAGUCCAUCUGACAAGAUUGACAGAGCUCGAUUCAAUUGCUCAGCAGAUAAAAGCUCUUGAAUCUAUGAUGGGUGAGGAAAAACUUGUCAAAACAGAGGAAGAAGCCGUGUCGCAAAGACUGGACGCAGACGAAGAAACGGUGACAAGGGAAUUUCUUCAAUUGCUUGAAGACGAAGAGGCUGACGAAUUUAAACUUGAUCAGAUUGAUAUCCCUCCUGCGAAGUCCGAAGGAGCUGAAGAUCCUACAGAGGCUGAAUCCAAGGUUUUUAUCCCUGAUCUUGGAAAGGGCUUGGGGUGUGUGGUUCAAACUAGAAACGGAGGCUACUUAGCUGCUCUGAAUCCUCUAGAUACCGCGGUGGCGAGAAAAGAUACUCCUAAACUUGCAAUGCAGAUAUCAAAACCAUUGGUUCUUCCAUCAAACAAAUCCACAACUGGAGUUGAGUUGUUUCAGAGAAUGGCAGCUAUUGGGGUGGAAGCUCUUAGCUCUGAAAUUUUAUCUCUGAUGCCUAUGGAUGAACUCUUGGGUAAAACCGCUGAACAAAUAGCUUUCGAAGGCAUUGCUUCGGCAAUUAUCCAAGGGAGGAACAAAGAAGGUGCAAGUUCGAGUGCUGCCCGUACUAUUGCUGCAGUUAAAACCAUGUCAACUGCAAUGAGUACCGGAAGAAAAGAGAGAAUUUCGACAGGAAUUUGGAAUGUGAGUGAAGACCCAUUGACAGCUGAAGAGGUUCUUGCAUUCUCAAUGCAGAAAAUAGAGGCCAUGGCAAUCGAAGCUCUAAAACUCCAGGCCGAAAUGGCAGAAGAAGAUGCACCAUUUGAAGUUUCUCCAGUCUAUAGUGGGAAAGAUAGUAAACACCCACUGGAAUCUGCAAUUCCAGUUGAGGAUUGGAUUAAAAAUAGCAGCAACACAAAUUCUGGUGAUGAAGCUGGGGAUUCAGAAACGGUAAUCACAAUAUCAGUGGUUGUUCAGUUGAGAGAUCCUCUAAGGAGAUAUGAAGCAGUUGGUGGGCCUGUGAUAGCACUGAUAAAUGGAAUAGGGAGCGAUUUUGGGAAGGAUGAUGAGGAAAAGAUGUUCAAAGUGGCAAAUUUGCAUUUGGGAGGUUUGAAAGUUAGGAGUAGAGGGAAGAGGAAUGAGUGGGAUACUGAGAAGCAAAGACUGACUGCGAUGCAAUGGCUGGUGGCUUAUGGACUGGGAAAGGCAGCAGCAGCAACAGGAAAAAAGGCAAAGCAUGUAUUGUCGAAGGGCCCAGAUUUACUGUGGAGCAUUUCCUCGCGGGUAAUGGCUGACAUGUGGCUCAAGCCAAUGAGAAAUCCAGAUGUCAAAUUCACCAAGUAAACAACAGAGUAAAUAUUCAGUAGCCUCGGAGUGUGUCUUUCUUUUAAUUUUUCUCCAUAUAUAUAGUAAAUAUAUACAUUUCUAUAGUCUAGCUAAGAAACAUGGAAGAUAGAGAAAAGGCAAAACAAAAGUGCAGGCACUAGUUCGGGAAACCCCACGGGUUCUCCAUUUCCAUGUCAAAUUAGCAGCACCAUUUGUAAAAUAUAUUAAUAAAAGCUUCUGAAUAGAGAUUUGAUGUAGUUGUAUCUAA